AUGCUCAGGAGGGCUACACCAGCUGGGCGGGACCCUCAGCACAGCAGGCGCCAGGUGGACCCCAGGACCCCGCUCUUCCAGAGGGUCCGCUGGCGCCUUCGGUCUCAAAGGCCAGUGCAGCGAGACUUGCCGGGGCCACACCAUGCCCACCACAGGGCCAGUGCACCUCAUCAAGCCGCCUGGCUGAGCGGGAAGCCGGCUGGCCCCGAGCACCAUGUGCUGUCCGACCGCUUCGGCAGGCGAGUCCUCCUGCCAAAUGCCUCGCAGCUGAACUCCGCAGCGAGAGGAGAAAGGGAUAAGCCCAGUGUCUCACCAGCCCUCCUCCUGGGUCUGUUCCUGCUCGAGGCCCCCCUGUUUCUCUACAAGCUUAUUCUGGCCUCAGCGCUGGGCUGGAACCAGCGCCCCAUCAUCCUGGGCUCAGCUCACGCGCCUCCCGGGAGGGAUCCGUCCCCGUUACCCGUCUGA